AUGAAUACGGUCAACGAAGCUGAUGUAGAAGAUGCAGUUCUUCACAUUAAUUUUGUUAAUGUCUUUGUUCCUAUUCAGAAUUGUUUUUCCUAUAGAACUUUGCUGUUCGAUCCACAAACAAAUCUCAUAAAGCGCUUUUUACUUAAAAAUAUUAAAAUUAUACUUCGUUUUUUAGAAGAUGAUGACGAGGGGAGAGUAAUUAGAGUUGCUGGUAUUAAGAAUAAACUUUACAUGAAAACUGACAAAAAUGAGAAAAUAAUUGAUGAAGGACAACUAUUGAAAACGUUCGAUACAGUUAUUCAAAAAGCAAAGUUUAGAUAUGAACUAAUUAAACCGAUAUCACCAAAGUUUGGGUCAAAAUCAUCAAAAACUGGGAAUUGGACUGGAGUAUUGGAACAAAUCGUUAAUAAAAAAGCUGAUAUUGCAUUCAUUACUGUCUUCUUAUCAUUCACUAAUUUCCAACAUAUGCAGUUUUCUUCUCAUGUUGUAUUCGUAAAAAUGAUAUUCAUCGUGAAGAAACCAGAAAAAUUAUCAAAUUGGACAUCAUUGAUUAAACCGUUUCAACUCGAAUUGUGGCUAGUUACAUUUAUAACACUAAUUUUAUGCGGUUACAUUUUACAUAAAGUAUUACAAGAAGAUGCCAUUUUUGAGGAAACUGAACCGACGUGGAGUAGAAUGAAUGUAUUCUGGUAUCUCUUUGGUACAUUUGCAAAUACAGGUGGAAAUUUGGGAGCAGUUGUUAGAUUUCCAUCCAGAUUAAUUCUUUCUGUCUGGUUAUUAUCUAUAGUAGUGUUGAUAUCCAGUUAUAGUGGAACACUCAUGUCUUUUAUGACUUGUCCAACAUUUGAAAAAGUACCACGAACUGUAGAAGAAUUAGCAGAUGCUGUACAGAAAGGAGAAUUUUCAUGUGGAUGCAUGAAGCAAAACUCUUUUCAUGGAUUUCUCUUAAAAACAAAGUCAAAAUCUACUGUAUCAUUAGGACAUCACAUAAAAGAUAACGAUAAUCGUUUACCUGUCGACGAGGGAAUCAGAAAGGUUCUAGAAGGUCGCUUUGCAUACAUCUUGGACGAAUUUGGAAUUAACCAAGUGAUGAAGAAAUAUGGAUAUCAAAAUUUUCUCUUAUCUUCCGACUCAUUUGAAACAUUCACAAAGGCAUACGCAUUCCGAAAAGGUUUUCCAUACGUAAAGAAUUUCAAUAACAUAAUAUCUCGCAUGUUCGAUGCCGGCUUGACGAAUAAAGAUUUUGGUUUAGAAACUGUUAGUAAAGUCGCUGAUAAGAAUGGAAUACGGCCAUUAAUGCUAAACGAUAUCUUGAGUCCUCUGGCUCUACUAUUUAUGGGUUACGAAGGAGGAGAAAAGGAUCACGACAGAACAAUGGUUAAAUUUAUGCAUGAAGAUAUGGAGGAUCUUGAAAUUAAUAGGAAUAUAGCAAAGAAAGGGAGUAAAGUGGAAGAAAGCCAUCUACAACAGAAAUUCCACGAGAGUGUGACAAAUAAGAAACCGUGA